AUGGAGAACCACACUGCCAACGUUCAGAAUGUCACCUCGCUUGUAAACAUGACCAGAAUGCCUCUGAACCCAAUGGAAGAGCAGGUUGUGACCAUACUUCUCACAAUACUCAUCUGUGGCGUCGGGAUUGCCGGUAACAUCAUGGUGGUGCUGGUGGUUCUGCGUACCAAGCACAUGGUGACUCCGACCAACUGCUACCUCGUCAGUCUGGCGGUGGCUGACCUCAUCGUGCUUCUAGCCGCUGGUCUGCCCAACAUCUCUGAUGUGGUAGCUUUCUGGAUAUACGGCUACACGGGAUGCUUGUGUAUCACCUAUCUGCAGUACCUGGGCAUCAACGUGUCGUCUUGCUCCAUCACCGCGUUCACCAUCGAACGGUACAUCGCCAUUUGCCACUCCAUCAAGGCUCAGUUCAUAUGCACUGUGUCCAGGGCCAAGAGGAUCAUAGCUGGAGUGUGGAUCUUCACAUCACUCUACUGCAUUAUGUGGUUCUUCCUGGUGGACACUGAUGAAAGAGUCUACGCUAAUGGAGUGGUGGUUACCUGUGGCUACCGUGUCUCCAGGAGCCUUUACAUGCCAAUCUACUUCCUGGACUUCAGUUUGUUCUAUGUCAUCCCUCUCAUGGUGGCGACCGUGCUGUACGGCCUCAUCGCCAGGAUUCUCUUCCUGAGCCCUGUGCCGUCACACCUGAGCGGCAAAGCUGCAGGGGACUCGGUUCACCAAGGUCGCUCCAGCAACACUAAGAAGGGCCACAAGGGGGCAGUGUUUGUGAGGAAGCAGAUCACCAAGAUGCUCGCAGUGGUCGUCGUCCUCUUCGCCCUACUGUGGAUGCCUUACCGCACCCUGGUGGUGGUCAAUUCUGUCAUCGAUCCGCCGUACCACAACACGUGGUUCCUGCUCUUCUGCAGAAUGUGCAUCUACACCAACAGCGCCAUUAACCCCAUCAUUUACAACCUCAUGUCCCAGAAGUUCAGAGCCGCCUUCAAGAAGCUAUGCAAGUGCACCAGGCGACACAAAGAGGAGGCGACGGAGUACAACGUACGCAUGUAUUACAGUGUGACCAAGGACUCCUCCCAUGAGAGCAACGAGCUGGUCACUGAGCAGGACGAGGUCAGCGACCGCACCAUCAAGAGGUUCUAUUCAACAGAUGAUGAUGCUUGA